AUGACUAAAAGCCAGCUGAUAGAAGUAAGAUCAUUGGCGAGCCCAUUUGUGGUAGUGAAAUUAGCACUGGAAGCCAUCCGUAUUUUACUAGAGGAGAAUGUCGGCACUGAUUGGAAGGUCAAUUGUCUUACCCAAGCAUGCGGUCCUUUGGUCAAAUUGGCGAAAGCUCAGCUGCUGUACACUGGUAUGUUGCAUAAAGUGGCUCCACAUCGCAGCGAACUGAAGCGAUUAGAAUUCCAGGCUAAGAGGGAAACCACCGAAAGGAACGAAGUGAAAACACUCAUUGCACAACUAGAACAAAUGGUGCUACGUGUAAAAAGCACGAUGUUAUGA